UAAAAAGCAAUAAAUAAUGUCUGCUCAAAAACCAGUUAUACAUAUACAAAGUAAUUGGAAUAAAGUUUUACUGUUUCCACAUCAAGAAGUCUGGAUAUGUGCAAAAUAUUUAAAUCAAAGAGGUAUCCAUGAGAUGAUAAAAACAUCAGUAAAUAAAAACGAAAGGACUUUACAAAUCUCUAUAUCCCCUACUUAUCAAAUGAUUUCUUUGAGCGGAUUAGGUUUAGUACUCAAACAUAAUGCCUCUGGUCUAAUAGUAGCUUUUGUUCCUGAAACAAAGGCACAUAAAGUUCACAAUAGAGCAGUGCUAUCUGUUGCUGCAGCUAAAAGUGCAUUAGUGGUGUCUUCUUGUGAGGCACAUAAAUUAUUUGUUUGGGACAGCAGAACAAAUGAGCAGCUUUUAGAUCUGAGAGGUCACGGAGGCCCCAUAUACAAAUGCAGGUUCUUCCCCUCUGGUAUAGUUGUAUUAUCUGCGGGAUCUGACGGAUCCUGCAAAAUCUUUUGUGCAAAAUCUGGAAUAAACCCAGUCACACUUAAAGGACAUACAAUGUCUGUAGCAGAUACAUGCAUUGUUGAUAGAGGGAGGAAUGUCAUAUCGGUUAGCAAAGAUGGUUCAGCAAAGUUGUGGGAUGUCGGUGAAUCCAAGUGUCUAGGCAAUGUUCUUCAAGCACAGGGACCGAUUAAUUGUUGUGCUCUAGCUGAAACUAGCGACGAAAUUACAGUUGAAAAUGAAAGAGAGGUAGCUACUGGUAAUAAACUUCUAGUAGUUGGUUGUGAAAAUGGCCUCGUAAUAUGUGCUCAUGUUGCAAAAAGGGCAGAAGUAUUUAGAAAGCAACUUAGUUCUGCCUGCAACGCAUGUGUCAUCAUAGAUCAAACUAUUAUUGUAGGGGGCAGUGAUGGGAAGAUAACUCUACUCAACUUGAAAGAUGGAUCUGUAACAAGAGAAAUUUAUGAGUCAGAGAGUUCAAUCCUCAGUAUUGCAGCGUUACCUAAUCAGCUGUUUAUUGUUGGAAGACAAGAUGGCAAUUGCGCCGUUCUCUCUUUACAAGAAGCUUGGUAUUCUACCAGAGUUCAACUUACAGGUCCAGACUAUGACGGCAUAAGGGACAUAGCUUUUAAUGAAAAAUGGAUUUUUACUGCUUGUCGAGAUUCAUACAUUAGGAAAUAUGAUUUCAAUCAAAUUAAUGUCCAUUUCAAAUGACAUAAAGUAAUAAAAAGUUAGGAUUAAAGUAUGUGAUAUGUAAAUGUAAACCUUUUAGAUGAUUGGGAACUUUAGUUGUAAAUAUGGAUCAUAAAAAAGUGAAAAUAAAUCAUAUAUGUAAAAGCAGCAUAAAUUUAUGUCACGAUAAAAUCAUAACUUACGUAUUUCUUAAUUAUUAGUGACGUGUGUUUUUAAAGUAAACACUAAGCUAGAGGCUAGAAAUAUUUUUUUUAAAAACAGUUAAUAAAUCAAGCUUACCUUGGGUUUUACAUAAUAAGUCCUAUAUCUACUAACUCCACUUGUAAGUUUUUUGGUUACUUUUUGCCAAAUGAUGGAAUCAGAAUCAACAUAAUAUUUUAAUUUCAUCCAUAUAUAAAUACUGUCUUGUUUGUCAAAUUGUCUCUUGAUGUCUGUAUUAAAAAAAAUUUUGUUAAAAUUUUAACGCGUCGUUUUAAUUAAAUUGACGAUUUUAA